UUUUCGUUUCUUGUUGAGUGAGUGAACGAACGAAGAAGGCAAAUCCACGACACGAUCUUGAAACACGCCUCCCCGGAGCGACUCGGUCGUGUGACUCAGUCCGAGUGAGUUAGAUCCGAGUUUCAAUCCAGCAGCCAUGAUAUCGAUGGACAUGAAUUCGAUGGCUGCUUCGAUCGGCGUAUCGGUCGCCGUCCUCCGCUUCCUCCAAUGCUUCGUCGCCAUGAUCCCCGUCUCCUUCUUCUGGCGAAUCGUUCCGAGUCGACUCGGCAAGCACAUCUACGCCGCCGCUUCAGGCGUAUUCCUCUCUUACCUCUCCUUCGGCUUCUCCUCAAAUCUCCACUUCCUCGUUCCGAUGACGAUCGGAUACGCUUCCAUGGCGAUGUAUCGACCCAAGUGUGGAAUCAUCAGUUUCUUCCUCGGCUUCGCUUAUCUCAUCGGCUGUCAUGUGUUUUACAUGAGUGGUGAUGCGUGGAAAGAAGGUGGCAUCGACUCCACUGGAGCGUUAAUGGUGUUAACGCUGAAGGUUAUCUCAUGUGCGGUUAAUUACAAUGAUGGGAUGUUGAAGGAGGAAGGCUUACGUGAAGCUCAGAAGAAGAACAGACUGAUCGAGAUGCCGUCUUUGAUCGAGUACUUUGGUUACUGUCUCUGUUGCGGUAGCCAUUUCGCUGGUCCUGUUUACGAAAUGAAAGAUUAUCUCCAAUGGACAGAGGGAACAGGAAUUUGGGAUAGUUCCGAGAAAAGAAAGCAGCCAUCGCCUUAUUUAGCUACACUGCGAGCUAUCUUCCAAGCUGGGAUUUGCAUGGCUCUGUAUCUCUAUCUAGUCCCUCAGUUCCCGUUGACUCGGUUCACUGAACCAGUGUACCAAGAAUGGGGGUUUUGGAAGAAGUUUGGUUACCAGUACAUGGCGGGACAGACGGCUCGCUGGAAGUAUUACUUCAUCUGGUCGAUCUCGGAGGCUUCUAUUAUCAUCUCUGGUUUGGGUUUCAGUGGCUGGACUGAUGAUGCUUCGCCAAAACCCAAAUGGGACCGUGCCAAGAACGUGGACAUCCUCGGUGUAGAACUUGCUAAGAGCGCGGUUCAGAUUCCGCUUGUGUGGAACAUACAAGUCAGCACCUGGCUCCGUCACUACGUGUAUGAGAGACUUGUGAAGAGUGGGAAGAAAGCAGGUUUCUUUCAGUUACUAGGUACACAAACCGUCAGUGCGGUUUGGCAUGGACUGUAUCCUGGUUACAUGAUGUUCUUUGUUCAAUCAGCUUUGAUGAUUGCUGGCUCAAGAGUUAUUUACCGAUGGCAACAAGCUAUCAGUCCGAAACUAGCAAUCCUGAGAAGUAUCAUGGUGUUCAUCAACUUUCUUUACACCGUCUUGGUUCUCAACUACUCAGCCGUUGGUUUCAUGGUUUUAAGCUUGCACGAAACGCUCACUGCCUACGGGAGCGUAUAUUACAUUGGAACAAUCAUACCUGUUGGAUUGAUUCUCCUCAGCUACGUGGUUCCUGCGAAGCCCUCUCGGCCAAAGCCACGUAAAGAGGAAUAAUAUGUUGUCUUCUUAUUCUGUAACAUUGGAAACAAACCGGUCCGGUUCUUGUUUCUCUCUGGGCUUAUGAUACAGAUUUUAUUUUCGUUUAUUUUUGAUGUAUUUGUGAUUCUUAUAAAUCUGGGUUUUCCAUAGUUCUUUUUACAGA